AUGGACGACACACUCUCACCCGACUACCUGGUCAUCGGCGCUGGCGCUAUGGGGAUGGCUUUUGUGGACACUCUUCUCAGCGACACGAAAGCCACCAUCGCUAUAGUCGACCGCUACGCACGCCCUGGAGGCCACUGGACCAUUGCAUAUCCCUAUGUACGACUCCAUCAACCGUCUGCUUUCUACGGCGUCAACUCUCGUCCUCUUGGCGAAGAUAGGAUCGAUCAAGUUGGCUGGAACAAAGGUCUCUCUGAACUCGCGACGCGGGAUGAAGUUUGCUCGUACUUCAGUAUCGUCAUGGAACAGACGUUCCUGCCAUCUGGACGUGUGGAGUACUACCCCAAGCACGAGUAUGUUGGGGAGGGUCAAUUCCGCUCCGUCUUGACGAACCAGAUCUUCCGAGUUGGCGAGAAGACCCGGAUCGUGGAUGCGACGUGGAUGCGCGUCAAAGUGCCUGCGAUGGGCCCGCCUGCUUACGAGGUGGCCGACGAUGUUACUCUCAUCCCACCAAACGACCUGCCGAAGAUCACACGGCCAUGGGGUGGCUAUACUGUGAUUGGUGCCGGCAAGACAGGUAUCGAUGCUUGUCUAUGGCUGUUGGCGCACGGGGUGGACCCGCAGCUCAUCUCCUGGAUCGUGCCGCGAGACAGUUGGCUACUCGAGCGCGGCGGCAUCCAGCCUGGAUUAGCGUUUGCGCAGAAGACUGCAGCCAGUGUAGGCGCCAUCGCUCAGGCCACGAUGGAAGCUUCGUCGCCAGAAGACUGGUUCCUCCGGAUGGAAGCCGCUGAACAGGUGGUGCGGCUGACUGAUUCAGUCUGGCCAACCAUGUUCCGAUGCGCCACCGUGUCGCUCGCCGAGCUUGAACAGAUCAAGAAGAUCAAAAACAUUAUCCGCCAGGGUCGAGUCGUCCGUAUAGGGACGAAUGAGGUGAUGAUGGAGCAGGACUCCUACAUCCCAGUACCGGACACUCUGUACACCGACUGCUCAGCAGACGCCCUCGCCAAACUCGAGCCCGUCCCCGUGUUCAGAGGCCGCAACAUCACUCUCCAGUCUGUCCGCUACUGCCAACAAGUCUUCAGCGCCGCCUUCAUCGCCCACGCAGAAGCCACGUACGACGACGACAGCAAGAAGAACGAGCUAUGUCGAGUCAUCCCACAUCCGGACGAGGCGAUGGAUUUCCUAAUCGUCAGCCUGCAGAGCCAUCGGAACGGCCUGAGAUGGGCCGCGCACCCGAAGACUGCUGCGUGGCUGUCUCAAGCACGAUUAGAUUGGUUUGGUAAAUUUGCUCCGACUCCUCCUGAAGACCCGGCGCAAGCGGUAGAGUUUCAGAAAGUUAUGAGGCAGCGCGUGGAAGGGUUGUGUGCGAAGCUUGAGCAACUGAUUUCUCAGGUGCCUGGGAAGGAUGCCGCGAGGGCGAAGGCUCAGUUGGCGAGGUUCUAG